CUUAGUUCCUUCAAAAUCUCGUCACUAGAGUAUCAAGACUCCGAGGCCCGCUCAGUAGACGAGGACUCCGUGUUCCUGGAUAGUGUAGCCGACACAGAUGAGGAUAUGCAGCAAUUGAGCAGCGACAGCGAGGAGGUCAGUUUCGGCGAACACGAUCCGAAUAGCAUGCGCGAGAAUGUAGCGCUCGUACCGACACAAACUGGGGGUGGUGGCGGCGGCAGCUCAAACGAAGCUUCCGUAGCUGUACAUCCCGCAUCGCAACCACUCAAGUAUCCCAUCGAAAAGCGCUAUAGCCUGGGCGCUGGAUCGAGUGCGGCUGGUACGAAGCUAGCACGCGCGCGUCGCCCACUUCUACAACGCCACCGCACAAUCAGCGUUUCUUCCAGUGAUCGUGUAGCGUUAAUCGGACAUCAGUUAAGGGAGUUUCCCCACACAGGCAGCGGCAGCCAGACGCCGACCACAAUCGCUGAAUCGGUGCCACUUGAGACGCAUUUUGGUUCGUUUAUUUGCACAAGCCUUUCGCCAACACAUCCACGCCGCGCGCAACUACUGCAGCAGUACAGCGAUCCACAUAGUAUACCAACCACUACGACAACCACAGAAGAUGAUACCUGCUCUACUUUGAAUACUGAACUUUGUGGUGGUGGCGCCCAAGGACCCAGCGGUAGUGGCAGUGGUGGUGGCGGUGGUGGAGGUGGGGGUGGCUCUGCAACCCUAACCGAACACAGCAGCUUAAAUACGGUAGUCAGCUUCGGUGGCUCUAGUCCGCUUACGGACAAUAAUCAGACGAGCUGUAGCCUUAGCGUUGGCGCAAGCGCUGCCGCAACUGCAGCCACUGCCACUCAGCGCUAUGCUACAGAAACCCAGAAGGCUUCGAAAAAUCAAACGAAUACAACACAACCACAACUGCCAUGCUCCAGACUCUAUGAUGACCCUUGUGCCUCCUCGGUCUCAGACUCGAUGCUCAUCACUACAACAACGCGACAACCAAUUAUUUGCAUGUCCGCAUCACUGAAAAACCUCAUCCUACGCGGCGCUGGAUCCGGCUCCGGAAACGUCACUGCUACCGGCACUAGCUCUACAACUACAGCAGAAAGGCUGUCAGACUCUCCCAACGUUUUGGUGAGUAGUAGUGCUACCAAUUUGAGCUUGCUAGACCCCAUUGCCCGCAGGAGCGAAGAGGAAACUUGCCGCUCGGUUAUGCUAGAACUGCCUCUUAUAAAGUUACUUACCGAUGAGAGUUCAGACAGUUCAUCGGCAUCGGAGGAUGUUGAACCUGCGCGUAGUAAAAGUGACGAAUCACGCGAACCCAGCAUGGCGGGUAACAAUCGGAAAUGGUCGAAGGAGACGCUGUUCUAGCUAGGAUCGAAAUCACAAAGUUUGAUCUUUAAAAUGGGCUGAGCGAACAGGGAUCAGGGAUGGAACACUUUACGAAAACGAAAGUUCUAACUAUUUAUGAUGCUCAAAAGCUCGGGUGUUAAAUCAAAAAUGAGAUGAAGUAAAGAUAUGGCAUCUUGAUUGAACUCUUCGCCUGUCCGGUUAUGGAAUUGCAUUUGCUGAUGUGACACAAAGUUGGCACAAAAACUUUUUACAGGAGCUUAGUACGUACUAGAUUCUCAUCACGAAAACGAUCAGAAGAUGAACUAAUUAUAAUUGCAAUGUAAGAGAUUAGCGUAGAGUUUAAAUUGAAAAUAAAUAUUUACAUUUUGAAGUAAAAGAAAAAUAAAAAAGAACACAAACAAUACAAAAAAAAAACGGGUGAACUUAAUAGCAUUUCGGGAGCAAUUUAUGCGAUUCAAAUUGUUAUUUGUAUUUGGUAAAAAAAUAAUUACAAAAAAAGUAUACUUAACGAUGGAUUAUCAAAAACCAUAUACAAGAAAUAUACUAAGUAAAUAAUUCACUAGCUUUAAAGAUUACGUUACAAAAAGAAAUUACAUGUCAACUGAAAGAGGGUAAAUGCGAAUUUUACUAAAAUCGAACUGGCCAUUAAUUUAGCCAAAAAUUCAUUUAGUAAUACCAAGGACCUGAUAAGCUGAUAAGCUGGCCAAAAUUUCACAUACAUUGUAUUGGAGGUCAGAGAGAAUUGUGUUUCAAGAACGCCUCAAAUGAUAUUAAAUGUCUGAAAAUCCUGCUAUCAUCGAAAUAAACUUUCUGAUUUAUCGUAGAAGAA